AUGGAAUCAAGACGUGCCGAUGCCGAUAUUAUCAGUGCGGCUACUAACGAAGAACUUAACCGACUCAAGAAAUUACUUGCAAAAUAUGAUGAUGGAAGAGGAUUGGCAACCACAGUGAAGAAUGUUAAAAAUGUUAACGGAGCAGGAGCUAUUCACUGUGCUGCUAGAGGAGGAAAGUUGAAUGUUCUCAAGUACUUGAUUGAGGAAUUGGGACUUGAUGUCAAUACCAAAGAUGAAAGAGGUGGUUCUCCAUUGUUACAAGCAACACUGGGUGGGAACAUGAACACAGUUGAAUAUUUACUUGUAAAGGGUGCUGAUCCUGAGACAUCUGAUACCAAAGGUUAUAUGCCUUUGCAUGCCGCUGCUGAAAAAGGAUACACGGAGAUAGUUACCAAAUUACUCUCAAGAGGUGUUAAUGUAAAUGCUGCAAGUGAAAUUGGCACAUCCCUAGUUAUGGCUGCUAAUUUCGGCCAACUCGAGGCGUUGCAGAUUUUGUUGGAUCACAAUGCAAAUCCUAAUUUGUCUCCUGGCUGUUCGUUUACACCACUGGCGGGAUCUAUUGUAUCUGGAUAUUUACAAUGCGUCGAGCCUUUACUUGAGGCUGGUGCUGACCCAGAUGGUGGAUCAUAUGGAGAAACACCUCUGAUAGCUGCAGCAGAUGAUGGGCUAACACAAAUCAUCAAGCGCUUAAUUCAAGCUGGUGCUAAUUCAGAUAUCACAAAUAAUAUAAUGUUAUCUGACCUUUGUCGGCCUAUAUUUACUCUCUACCUGCAAGCUCAAUAUCCGGAUGACACGCUUUGUUGCAUAUAUUAUACUAAUGAUGGAUUCACACCAAUAGAAAUUGCCGCACUCAAUGGUUAUUCUAAUGUUGUUGAGGUUCUUUUCCCUGUUACUUCUCGUAUUCCGGGAUAUGUCGACUGGAGCAUUGGUGGAGUAAUUGCACAUGUACAGUCUGAUCAAGCUAAGGAACAGAGGGAGCUGAAAGCCAAGGAAAAGUUGCACGAGGCAAAGUUAAGUGGCACAGAUGCAUUUAAUAAAAAGGACUAUUAUAAGGCAAAAUUUUCCUACUCAAAGGCAAAUGAAAUUGAUCCGAAUGACGCAAUUAUACUUUCUAACCGGAGUAUGUGCUGGGCCCGCAUGUAUGAAGGUGCCAAGGCUUUAGUAGAUGCCAGUGCAUGCAUAGUGCGAAGACCAUAUUGGCCUAAGGGAUAUUACAUGGGAGGUGUAGCGCACAGUUUACUAAAAAGGUACAAUAAGGCAGAAAAAGCCUUCCUUGCCGGUUUGGAGUGGAGUCCUAAUAGUCAAGAGCUCAAAGAUGCAUACAGGUUCAAUUCUACUACCCCUUAA